AUGGUCAAGUCGGCGCCCGAUUCCAGAUUGCUGCAGAACCUGAUCAAAUGCGAAAAGGCGGCUCAAGACAGCUUCAAGGCUUGGACGCGUAAUGCAGCCGCAGCAAGUGAGGCUCUGUCGACCUGGGCCGUGGCCGACUCUGGCGAUUCACCUGAUCUCAUGGAUGUGUCCAUGCGAGUAUCGACUCUCUUGGGCAACUGCGCAGAGUCGCAGGCGACUUAUAUCCACUCUCUUGAUGCUUACCGGCAUUCACUCAAGGAUGUUCUCGCUCGCGAAGAGGACAUCCGGACCAUCUUGCGCGACCGGGAGAUCCUUGUAUCGCGCCUGAUCAAGCUGGGCGCCAAGCGACCCACGAGCGAGAGAGAUGCAGAAGCGCACCUCCGCAAGACAGAGGACGCCAAGGUUGAGCUUGCUGCUUGCGAGAUGGCUCUCAAAGCCGAAGAAUGGGCACUCGACGGUGUCAAGCGCAGAAUCUUCAGAGACGCCCUGGGCAUGAGAAUGCGCUCGCUCGGACAGCUCGGCAUCACGCUCACCAGCAAUUCAGUGAGCGCAAUCGAAAUGCUCGACCAGCUAGACGGCCACAAUGCGGCCCAGAUGAACUCUGGCCUCAACGAUUCUCAAGGCGGAGAAAGCGUGCCCACUUCCGAGCAAGGCAGCGAUCUACGCGAUUCCGGUCCCCAGCAUCACGAAGGUUCAAUCGCACCCUCUCAAUCCGCUUCACAAGUCUAUACACGUUCUAUGCCCAGAUACGCAAAGUCUGAUGCCGAUUCGAUCAUGUCAAAUGAUGUGCCCGCCUCAGCAUCUCGCAACGCGUCCAAACCUGUACCAGCUGCCCAUCAGCUAAGAGAUUCGGUUAUCAGUUCCCAGUCAUUCAUUCCUGUACAACAGAACGUCAAACCUGCCCUCUCAUCUUACAAUCGGCCCCCGUCAAUCGUCAGUACGGCUGGUGUGCCAUCUCAAAUAAUCGCUGCCCCUCGUGGAUCUGGAGGCUCAGAACUUGGCAAACGCAAUCCGAUCACCUCUGCUUUCAGGCGACGAGACGAUAGCUCCGACGAAGACGAGCGACCGAAGAAUGUCAUCGCUCAUAAAGGCGGAGGUGCCUACAUCGGCAAAGCCAAGCCCGGAGAAGAUUCCGACGCAGAAUCCGACGUUACAGCUCGAGGUCGUGGCCUUCGCAAUGGUGCUGUCCCUCGCGCGCCGGACGGCCAGACAAGGCCCAAGAAAGGCGUCUUCGGAUCCUUCGCAUCGCUCUUCCGAUCGUCGAGCACGAGACAGAGCCGCUCAGACUCGCCGCCGCCCCGGAAGAGAGGGAAUCAGGCGAAGCAAUGGAGCACUCGCACGGAUAACAAUCUGGGCUCAAUCAAGUCAGCGCCCGUCGAUGUCGAUUCUUCUGACGAAGAGGGCCAACCUCGCCAGCUCGUUCGCGUUGUCAAUCAGCGGCCAGCACCUGCAGCCGCUGCGCCCAGAGUCGUUCGUCGCGCCUCUGUCAAUGGUCCUACUGGCUCCGCUUCAGCUGUCGGUCCUCUCCGUUCGGCGAUGGCGCAAGAUGCGACUGUCAAUCGUCAGAGACCGAUGAGCGAUGUGGGCGCCCCGAGACAGCAACACGCUGCAGCCGCUCCCGCUGUAGCGAGUGCUGUUGCCAAUGUCGGCAUUGCUCCUGCUCCGGCCGCACCCAAGAAGAAAAAGAAGAAAGCCGGCAGCGUCAACGGCGUCAAUCGCACUGGACCUAGCUUGAUGAGCAUCGUCGAGGGCGACACAAACAGCGAAAUCGGCAAGACCAAGCCUGGCUAUGCAGAUUCUGUCGUGGGCAUCAGCCGCAGAUAUGGCACGGCUGCGAGUCAGCCCGCUUCGAGUGUCGCACCACCCGUGCCCGAACUUCCUAAUCUGACCACGCUGACUCUUCCCAGCACGCUCAUGCCGAAAACGACGGACCAGAUCUUGACGGCUUCCUUGCCGAGCAGCACUUCCUACAUGCUUUCGCCCGCUGCGCCUGCUCCCAGUAGUCCGACGCAGAAAUCACUGCCGCCCCCCAUCGGCUCGCUUCCCACACUGUCGCCGCCUUCGCAGCCCACUACGGCUGCGGCCACAUCCACAGCCACUCGCAAGAAUGGUUCUACGCUGGGCCAGGGCGCUGCGCCAACGGCGUCUGUCGCAUCUGGCGUCAAGCGGGUCAAGUCGGUGCGCAUGGCAGACGACGUUAGCGACAGCGGCUCACCGGGCACUCGCACUGCCGGACUACCAGCUACGGCAACUGAGCCGGCAUCAGACGGCGCAUGGCAGUCGCGUAUCGGGCAAGAAGAUGACUCGUCAGAGGAUGAAGAGGGCGUCCAAGGCAUGUCUGCCUAUCACAAAGCACGGAGAGCGAUCAACAAGUCAAGCAAGCAAUUCGAAGCUGCCGGUCGAGAGAUCAAUGGACAAUCGGCCGAGAAAGGCAAAGCACGAGCGUACGAUUAA